GCAGCGUCCUCAGCACUGAGCAGUCUGGGCCAUGUGUACACAGCCAUCGGGGACUACCCAAAUGCACUGGCUAGCCACAAGCAGUGUGUCCUCCUUGCAAAGCAGUCCAAAGAUGAGCUUUCUGAGGCACGGGAGCUGGGCAACAUGGGAGCAGUGUACAUUGCGAUGGGGGAUUUUGAAAACGCAGUGCAGUGCCAUGAACAACAUCUUAAGAUCGCCAAGGAGCUGGGGAACAAGCGGGAGGAAGCUCGAGCCUACAGCAAUCUAGGCAGUGCUUACCACUACCGGAGGAAUUUUGACAAAGCCAUGUCCUACCACAACUAUGUGCUGGAGUUGGCCCAGGAGCUGGCUGAGAAAGCCAUUGAGAUGCGAGCUUAUGCUGGCUUGGGCCAUGCAGCUAGAUGCAUGCAGGACCUGGAGAGGGCUAAGCAGUACCAUGAAGAACAGUUGCACAUCGCUGAGAGCCUGCAGGACCGAGCUGCUGAAGGCAGAGCCUCCUCCAAUCUAGGAAUCAUUCACCAGAUGAAAGGUGACUAUGACACUGCACUGCGGCUCCAUAAGACACAUCUGUCCAUAGCUCAGGAGCUCAGUGAUUACGCGGCCCAGGGCCGGGCCUACGGCAACAUGGGCAACGCUUACAAUGCUCUCGGCAUGUAUGACCAGGCUGUCAAGUACCAUCGGCAGGAGCUGCAGAUUUCUAUGGAAGUCAAUGACCGUGCCUCUCAGGCAUCUACACACGGAAACUUAGCAGUUGCCUAUCAAGCGCUGGGUGCCCAUGAUCGUGCUCUGCAGCACUACCAAAAUCAUCUCAACAUUGCCCGGGAGCUGCGAGACAUCCAGAGUGAAGCACGGGCCCUCAGCAAUUUGGGCAACUUCCACUGCUCACGAGGAGAGUAUGUGCAGGCAGCCCCUUACUACGAGCAGUACCUGCGCUUGUCCCCAGAGCUGCAGGACAUGGAAGGGGAGGGGAAGGUUUGCCAUAACCUUGGCUAUGCCCAUUACUGCCUUGGGAACUACGAGGAGGCUGUUAAGUACUACGAGCAGGAUCUUGCCUUGGCAAAGGAUCUUCAUGACAAGCUGAGCCAAGCCAAAGCCUAUUGCAACCUGGGCCUGGCCUUCAAAGCCUUGAUGGACUUCGGCAAAGCAGAGGAGUGUCAGAAGUACCUGUUGUCCCUGGCCCAGUCUCUGAACAAUUCCCAGGCCAAAUUCCGAGCUCUGGGGAACUUGGGGGAUAUUUUUGUCUGUAAAAAAGACGUAAAUGGUGCAAUAAAGUUUUAUGAGCAGCAGUUGAGCUUAGCUCAUCACGUGAAAGACAGGAGACUGGAAGCCAGUGCUUAUGCAGCCUUGGGCUCUGCAUACAGAAUGAUACAGAAGUGUGACAAGGCUUUAGGUUACCACACACAGGAGCUGGAGGUGUACCAGGAGCUGGGAGAUAUGCUGGGUGCAUGCCGAGCACAUGGUCACCUUGCUGCCGUGUAUAUGUCACUUGGGAAGUACACCAUGGCCUUCAAGUGUUACGAAGAACAGCUGGAGCUUGGGCAGAAGUUGAAGGACCCCAGCAUAGAAGCCCAAGUCUACGGUAACAUGGGCAUUACCAAGAUGAACAUGAACGUCAUGGAGGAAGCUAUUGGCUACUUUGAACAGCAGCUGGCCAUGCUGCAGCAGCUCAGCGGAAAUGAAUCUGUGUUAGAUCGAGGCCGAGCAUAUGGGAACCUGGGAGAUUGUUACGAGGCUCUGGGAGAUUUUGAGGAAGCUGUAAAGUACUAUGAACAGUACCUGUCCGUGGCUCAAAGCUUAAACCGCAUGCAAGAUCAGGCAAAGGCCUACCGGGGCUUGGGCAACGGGCACAGGGCUAUGGGAAGUUUGCAGCAGGCUCUGGUGUGCUUUGAGAAGAGGCUUGUGGUGGCACACGAGCUGGGGGAGGCAUUUAACAAAGCCCAGGCCUACGGGGAGCUGGGGAGCCUGCACAGCCAGCUGGGGAACUACGAACAAGCCAUUUCUUGCCUGGAGCGCCAGCUGAACAUCGCUCGAGAGAUGAAGGACCGAGCUCUGGAGAGCGAUGCUGCCUGCGGCCUUGGUAGGGUCUACCAGCAGAUGGGAGAGUACGACACAGCCCUGCAGUAUCACCAGCUAGACCUGCAGAUUGCGGAGGAGACCAACAACCCCACUUGCCAAGGCCGGGCCUACGGGAACCUGGGCCUGACCUAUGAGUCCUUGGGCACUUAUGAGAGGGCAGUAGUUUAUCAGGAGCAGCACCUCAGCAUUGCAGCACAAAUGAACGACCUUGUAGCCAAAACCGUGUCUUACAGCAGUCUGGGGAGGACUCAUCAUGCCUUGCAGAACUACUCUCAGGCUGUGAUGUACCUGCAGGAAGGACUGAGGCUGGCAGAGCAGCUGGGACGCAGAGAAGAUGAGGCCAAAAUCCGCCACGGCCUUGGCCUCUCCCUCUGGGCGAGUGGAAACCUGGAGGAGUCUCAGCACCAGCUGUACCGCGCCUCGGCACUGUUUGAAACCAUCCGACAUGAGGUGCAGCUGAGCACAGAUUACAAGCUGUCACUCUUUGACCUGCAGACAUCCUCCUAUCAGGCCCUGCAGCGAGUACUUGUCAGUCUUGGUCACCAUGAUGAAGCGUUGGCAGUAGCAGAGAGAGGACGAACGAGGGCAUUUGCUGACCUCCUUGUGGAACGUCAGACUGGGCAGCAGGACUCUGAUCCCUAUUCUCCAGUGACCAUUGACCAGGUCCUGGAGACAGUGAAUGGCCAGAGGGGACUUGUUCUCUACUACUCGCUGGCUGCAGGUUAUCUGUACAGCUGGCUGCUGGCUCCUGGAGCAGGAAUUCUGAAAUUUCAUGAGUAUUAUCUGAGUGACAGCCUGACGGAAAAUGCCGGGGACUUCCAUGAAGCCACCAGCGUAACCCUGCAAACGGUGACAAACUCCGCACUGGAACAGUACAUCUCGAGUGUGCGGGAGGCUCUGGGUGUGGAUUCCUACUAUACCCGAGCCUGUGCCAGUAGUGAGACUGAGAGUGAAGCUGGGGAUAUCAUGGACCAACAAUUUGAGGAGAUGAAUAACAAGCUGAACUCAAUGACUGAUCCAACUGGCUUCCUGAGGAUGGGUCCUGCCUUUGUGUUGAUUUUGGCCCUGUUGGCUGUGCUUGUGUUGUCACACAGCAAGGAUCAGCUGCUCCCUAGGGAAUGGGGAGCUGGGGCAGCGGCAAAGCCUGCAGGGCAGGGGCCACACCAGCAGGACUCCAUCCCGCAGUACCCAGCGAAGAGCUGUCAGAGCAUGACCAGUCUGUUCAGCAGUACCAUGUCUCCUGUGAAGGAUGGAACAUCAUCUCUUCCAAGGAGGCAGACUUCCUUCACCAAACCCCCACUCCGUGCGCUCUACGACUUACUGAUAGGACCUAUGGAAGGAGGCUUGAUGCAUUCCAGUGGGCCCGUUGGCCGCCACCGCCAGCUGAUACUGGUUCUGGAGGGAGAACUGUACCUCAUUCCUUUUGCUCUCCUGAAGGGCAGUUCCUCCAACGAGUACCUCUAUGAGCGCUUCAGCCUCAUUGCAGUGCCGUCCAUCCAGUCGCUGAAUCCCAGCUCCAAGUCCCAUGCAAGGAAGAAUACUCCUGCUUACUCCAGUUCUACCUCAAUGGCAGCUGUCGUAGGAAAUCCCAAGCUCCCUUCAGCAGUUAUGGACAGGUGGCUAUGGGGACCUAUGCCCUCUGCAGAAGAGGAAGCAUAUAUGGUAUCUGAGUUACUUGGCUGCCAACCCUUAGUUGGCAGCGCAGCAACAAAAGAGAGGGUCAUGAGCGCCCUCACUCAGGCAGAAUGUGUCCAUUUUGCAACUCAUGUCUCCUGGAAACUGGCUGCUUUGGUCCUGACACCCAACACUGACAGCAAUCCAGCCAGCAGCAAGAGUUCUUUUGGGAAUCCCUACACAAUCCCAGAAUCCCUUCGGAUGCAGGAUGAUGCCAGUGAUGUGGAGAGCAUCUCGGACUGCCCUCCUCUUCAGGAGUUUCUGCUUACAGCAGCUGAUGUCCUGGAUCUGCGGCUUCCUGUCAAAUUAGUCGUUCUUGGCUCUUACCAGGAAUCCAACAGCAAAGUCACUGCUGAUGGAGUCAUUGGCUUGACGAGAGCAUUCCUGGCUGCUGGGGCUCAGUGUGUCCUGGUGUCACUCUGGCCUGUUCCUGUGGCUGCUUCCAAAAUGUUCGUGCAUGCCUUCUAUUCCUCACUCUUAAAUGGGAUGAAAGCCAGUGCAGCGCUUGGAGAAGCGAUGAAAACUGUCCAGAGCAGCAAGCAGUUUUCCCAUCCGUCCAACUGGGCAGGCUUCAUGCUUAUUGGGAGUGAUAUGAAGCUGAACAGCCCUUCUUCGCUAGUAGGACAGGCCCUGACUGAGAUUCUGCAGCACCCUGAAAGGGCACGAGAUGCUCUGCGUGUCCUGCUGCAUCUGGUGGAGAAAUCAUUGCAGCGAAUCCAGAAUGGGCAGCACAACUCCAUGUAUACGUCCCAACAAAGCGUGGAGAAUAAAGUUGGUGGAAUUCCAGGCUGGCAGGCCCUACUCACUGCGGUAGGAUUUCGGUUGGACCCUCCAGCCAGUGGCCUCCCGGCAGCAGUGUUCUUCCCAACCUCUGACCCUGGUGACCGGCUGCAGCAGUGCAGCACCACCAUACAGUCCCUCCUAGGUUUGCCUAACCCUGCACUUCAGGCACUUUGUAAACUUAUCACAGCUUCAGAAACAGGGGAACAGCUUAUCAACAGGGCUGUUAAAAAUAUGGUGGGAAUGCUGCAUCAAGUCCUGGUUCAACUUCAGGCAGGCGAGAAGGAGCAAGAUUUCUCCUCUGCACCAAUCCAGGUUUCCAUCAGUGUCCAACUCUGGAGGCUACCUGGCUGUCACGAGUUUCUGGCAGCUCUAGGUUUUGACCUUUGUGAAGUUGGCCAAGAGGAGGUGAUUCUGAAAACUGGGAAACAAGCUAACAGGAGAACCAUGCACUUUGCUCUACAAUCCUUGCUGGCACUUUUUGAUUCUACAGAGCUGCCGAAGCGCCUUAGCCUGGACAGUUCCUCAUCGCUAGAGUCACUGGCUUCUGCUCAGUCUGUUUCCAACCCUGUACCCCAGUAUCAAAACCCUCCAUUCUCUCCUCCUUGUCCAGACAGCAUUGCAUCAGAUGCCAUUUCUGUGUAUAGCCUGAGCUCCAUUGCCUCUUCCAUGAGUUUUGUUUCCAAGCCAGAGAGUGUGCCAGAUGGUGGGGGACACAGAGGGCGCCAGGACUAUGAGAGGCCCAAGAACAUCUACCCGCACAGGUCUGCAGUACAGAGCCAGUUGUCACCACAAACGAGCACUGUAGCCAGCAAAGAUGAGGAAGAGUAUGAAGGUUUUUCUAUAAUCAGCAACGAGCCUUUGGCCAGUUACCAAGAAAAUGUAAAACCAAGAUUUUCGCCUGAUCACAAACAGCCCAAAACUGGUCAGGCUGGAGGCAUUAAAGAGUGUGUCAGCUCCAAAGGGAGCAUAAGUACCCCAAAUUCUCCUGUUAAAAUGACUCUUAUUCCCAGUCCAAAUUCACCUUUCCAAAAAGUUGGGAAGCUUGCAAGUUCUGAUACUGGGGAAUCUGACCAGUCUAGCACUGAGACUGACAGCACUGUCAAAUCCCAAGAGGACAGUAAUCCAAAGCUUGAUCCACAAGAGUUGGCCCAAAAAAUUCUAGAGGAAACUCAGUCUCACCUCAUUGCAGUUGAACGUCUUCAGAGAAGCAGCAGCCAAAUAAGCAAGAGCAACAGUUCAGAUGAUGGGGCUUCCACCCCAGCAGGUGUGUCUGCGUUCAGAUCUUCAGAGACCAGUGCGUUCAGUCGGCCAGUCAGCUCUAGUCAGAAGAAUCAGUCUUCACCUCUUGCAAUUAAACCAAAGCCUCCAACAAGGAGUUCAUCCCUUCAGAAAGUGAGUUCUGGCUACAAUAGCCCUACGACAUCGGAGAUGUCAAACAAAGAAGGCACAGGCCAGUACAGUGGGCAGCCAUCCCCCAGUUGUGAUUCACAUGGGUCCUUAACUGAGCAGCCUCACUUCAAACUCAAGUACCCCAGCUCACCCUACAGCGCUCAUAUUUCUAAAUCACCCAGAAAUAUCUCUCCAAGCUCAGGGCAUCAGUCUCCUGGUGGCAGCACUCCAUCUCCUGCUCUUUCUUAUUCCUCAGCUGGUUCUGCUCGCUCAAGUCCAGCUGAUGCCCCAGACAUAGACAAAUUAAAAAUGGCUGCCAUUGAUGAAAAAGUGCAAGCAAUUCACAACUUAAAGAUGUUCUGGCAAAGCACUCCCCAUCACUCCACUGGCCCGAUAAAAAUUCUCCGAGGAGCUCCUGGAACAAUGACUUCUAAGAAGGAUGUCCUCAGCUUGCUGAAUUUAUCUCCACGGCACAGCAAAGAAGAAAGUGCAGAUAAGCUGGAACUAAAGGACCUGUCUAUUGAGCAACACCUUGCUUCUCCACAAAAGAACCCUCCAAACGGACACAGGCGCCCUGAAACUACAACUGCAGUGACAUCAACGCAUUCUCCACCUUCCAGUAGCACUCCAGGAACUGCACGCUCCUUGAGGCUGCCAUCUGGGAAUGGUUAUAAAUUUUUGUCACCAGGAAGAUUUUUUCCUUCCUCCAAAUGUUGA